GUUAUCCUAACAUUUGUCUGUGUGUUGACAAAGGAAUCUGUAGAAAUUGCUCCAGUGCCAUAUACACUGCAGGUCCAUCGGGUAGCUUUGGAUGGAAGAGACUCCUCUAACCCCUUGAGGAGAGAAAGGAGGCAGGUGCAGUGUCCACUAGGACAAUACCUACAUCCCAGAGAGACCCACUGCUGCAUGAGGUGCCAUGCAGGUACCUACAAGGCAAAAGACUGUGAUCGGCCUGACCAGGCACCUGUCUGUCUUCCAUGUGCUAAUGGCACAUUCACAGCUGUUGAUAACACCAUGUCUAAAUGCUUCCAGUGUACACAUUGCCGUACAGAAUUCCAGCAGAUAGUAGAGACCCCCUGCACCCCAAAGCAAGAUACCGUAUGCGGCUGUCGGAAGAAUCAAUAUCAGAUUGGCCUGUCCGAUCUCUUCCAGUGUAGGAACUGCAGCUUGUGUGUCAAUGGGAUUAUUGCCAACUGUUCAAAGAACAGAGACACGAUUUGCAGGUGUAAGCCUCGAUUCUUCCUGACACUUAGUAACGUUUGCAAGCCUUGCAACAGCUGCAUUGGAGAAGAAUGCUUGCAGUGUCAUAGCCCAGUGACUACCUCACCGACUUCGUCUGGGUUGAAUGGGAGCCUUGUCCUUGGCAUCAUCGUUGCAAUAUUUGGAGUUAUCUCUGUCCUCUACAUUGUAAAUAAAGUAGUGAAGCUGGUCCAGGAAAAUGGGAUAGCAUCAUCUUUCUACUCCUGUGUUUCUUUGCCGCAGACAACUAAGGAGCCAGUGUCCGAGGUUGAGGUAAAAAGAAGUGAAAUUUCCAUCCUUCUUCCCGAGUCCCAGAAGGAAACAGAAUUGUCAGUGAAUGCAACGCCACCACCUGCACCUCUACCGCAAAGUUCACAUGAGUUACCAGACUGUGUCAGACCUGCCAGGAAGACACAGCUUCCAGACAACCGUGCUAUUCUCUACACUGUGGUGGAUCACGUACCGCCAUCUCGGUGGAAAGAGUUUGUGAGGCGUCUGGGUCUGAGUGACUAUGAUCUAGAGCGAAUUGAGAUGGAGCAUCGGCAUUUACGAGAUGCCCAGUAUGAAAUGCUUAGACUGUGGAAACUGCAGAUGGGCCACGCUGCAACUGUGGAGCACAUCAGCUAUGUACUCAACCAGAUGGAGCUGAGUGGCUGCAGUGAAGCUAUUCAAGAGGCUUUGCUAAACCAGAACUCUCCGCAACCUUGCAGCCUCCACAGCCAUCUUUAAUCUAUUUCUGCUUUAGUUGCCCUUGCUAUGGCUGUUACGAAAGGAUCAUAACUCCCUUCCUUUCCUGUCUUCCUUUUCCCAUGCCUCCCUAUCUUUCUAACACUCCUUAACUGGGUUUGUUGGGGACAGCAGCAGA